AGUUUCAUUAUUUGACUUAACUAGAUUCAGAAGCACAAACUGUGAGAUUCAGAUUUGCUGGCAUACCAGCCUUGUACCUUCUCUUUUAAAACAGUUACCCUUUGGCUGCUGGGAGUUACCGUGCAACAACAUCUGAAAGGCUACGUCAUUCCCAGCCCUAUUUUAAAAGCAAAAAAGAAGAAGAAAUUAGUUUAAGCUGUUUAAAAUAAAACAAUACAGUUAGAAGCAUUAUUAUUUAGUUAAUGUAGACAUCCUGAGAGGGGGGAGGAGGAAUGCUCUGUAGAAAAAUAAAUUGCUUUAAGGGAUAGUGAGUGUUUUUAAAUUAGUUUUCUGGUUUGGGAUUUAAAAAUCAUAGAAGUCUUGAAUUAUUGUUCUGAUGUUUUCUGUCUUGCCUCUGUGGACUCACUCGCGCUAAAUGGCAAAAUGGCUGGACUGUCUGUCAUUUAGCAGCUUGAAAGUCAGCUGAGCCCAACCUAAAACAGGGGAAACAGUCAAAAUGGAAGACAGGUCACAGCCAAGACCGUCUAUAUGGGCAUCGUCCACUGGGGCCUGCUAAUUAACAGAGGAAGGGUUCUGGGGGAAAUCUGGAUGGUUAAUGGCUUUAAUUAUAGAAAAUGCACCGGAUCUUCAUUUUAGCAACACAGCAAAAGUUUAAUUGCCAUGAAUGCAAACAUGCUCUAAAAGGGCAUUUUCAUGCUUCAAAGGUCAAUGAACCCAGAGCUGCUGAUCUAAAUUGCUUUUAAUCUGGUUUGAUUAGGUGCGGGGCUUCCUGUUUUGCUUAAGGAAAUGGCUUUGCUUUGUCACACCCUUGGGUAUAUAAGGAGUUCUCAGGGCUCCUGUUCAAUGCCAGAUUCUCCUUGUGCCUCAAGAGCAACUUUGAAAGAUCUAAUAGUAGAUUUCAAGGUGUGGUGCAAUCAGACAAAUCACCUUAAAAUAAUUAAAACACAAUUUAACAAGUAAAAAAGAAAGCUGCAAACUACGAAUUCACCUGCAAACAUGAUGUCUUUCAAAGUUCUCUCCCUCCUUCUGGUCUCUCUCAGUUUUGUGCUCAUGGAAGAAAACGGCACCAGGGACAACACAAAGAAUCCCAGGUUCCUGAAGAGACGGUAUUCAGAAGGAACCUUAGCAAGUGAUUACAGUCGAACUUUGGAUAACAUGCUGAAGAAAAACUUUGUGGAAUGGCUCUUGAACAGGCGGGAGAGUCGGAUUGAUAACAGCCUUGAGCCAUCCAAAAGAGAAGUCAAACUCCCAGCAUUGCAAGCAAGGAAUCAAGGCACUGAAGCUGGAACUCAAAGGACUGAGGCAGAGGAGUGGAUGAGCUGUUUUUUGCCAAACAUGGGGGAACAGAGUCUUGCUUUGCCAAAGAGUUCAGAUGACUGGAAGGACAUCCUGAGGCAAGAAUUUCUGGCUUGGCUGAUUUCUGCUGACCUCUGCAGGCCAAUGAUGCAUAAAGACUGAGAAGGAAGAUGGGUUUACUUCUACAUUUUCUUCAUUUUGUGCUUUUUUUGUAAUUAAUAUCAAUCAGUAAUGAUGACACACUACCAAGAACAAUAAAACUCUUUAUCCUCAAA